AACCUCGCCUACCACCAAAAUACAAAAAGCAACAACUCCAUUACAAUUGAAUCGAAUCAACGCACGCACACACUACUUGCUUGAGAUUGUUUCUCUUCAAUGGCACUCUCGCGCCUUCGUUACCCCAUCAUCUCUCAUUCCAUUCGUCUCCUUUCUUCCUCCACCCGAUCCAUUUCUCGAACUCCUAAUUCGAGGAUUUAUUCUGUCAGUGGUCAUGGGAGUAUAAGGCCUGCAUCUUGGUCUGGGCUUACUGGAGUUUGUGAUAGAUCUUUGAAGUCAAAGUGGAUUGGUGUCAAAUUCUUCUCGUCUUCAGAUUUUGCGCACGAAGUCCUCGGGAUGCCAGCUUUAUCUCCUACAAUGACCCAAGGUAAUAUUGCAAAAUGGAGGAAAAAAGAAGGGGAUAAGAUAGAAGUGGGUGAUAUACUAUGUGAAAUUGAAACCGACAAAGCUACACUUGAAUUUGAAAGUCUUGAAGAAGGAUAUCUGGCGAAGAUAUUGGCACCUGAUGGAUCAAAGGAUGUGCCUGUUGGACAACCGAUUGCAAUUACAGUUGAGGAUGAAAGCGACAUUCAAAAAGUUCCUGCUUCCAUGGGAGGUGAGAGUAGGGUCGAUGAGCAUAAACAAGCACAUCAUGAUGUUCCAAAUGAGGAGAGAAAACCAGAAUCAACUUCUACGAUUGAUACAACAGAUCUUCCACCUCACGCCGUUCUUGGAAUGCCUGCUUUGUCCCCAACAAUGAACCAAGGAAACAUUGCUAAAUGGAAUAAAAAAGAAGGCGACAAGAUUGAAGUGGGUGACAUAUUAUGUGAGAUAGAGACAGACAAAGCUACCCUUGAAUUUGAAAGUCUUGAAGAGGGGUACCUAGCCAAGAUACUUGCACCAGAAGGUUCAAAAGAAGUGGCAGUCGGACAGCCUAUUGCAAUAACAGUUGAAGAUGCAAGCGAUAUUGAAGCCGUAAAGAAUUCUAUUAGCAGCAGCUCAGCAAACCAAAAGGAGAAGGCCACCCAACAUGGCACUAAAAGUGAGGUCAAAGCUCAGAAAAAUAUUACAACACGAAUCAGUCCAGCUGCAAAGUUGUUAAUUAUGGAAUAUGGAUUGGAUGCAUCGACAUUGAAUGCAACUGGUCCUCAUGGCACCCUACUGAAAGGCGAUGUUCUUUCUGCAAUUAAAUCAGGAAAAUUGUCUCCGAAACCUGCUUCAUCUAAAGAAAAGGCAUCAUCAUCUCAAAGUCAUCAAGUUGUGGCUUCACAGGAGUUGAAGCAUGACUUAAAGCAGUCAGAUGCUUAUGAAGAUUUUCCUAAUACUCAAAUUCGCAAGGUGAUUGCCAAGAGGUUAUUGGAAUCAAAACAAAAUACACCACACUUAUAUUUAUCAUCAGAUGUUAUACUGGAUCCUCUUCUUUCCCUUAGAAAGGAUCUUAAAGAACAGUAUGACGUUAAAGUUUCAGUGAAUGAUAUUAUUAUCAAAGUUGUAGCAGCUGCUCUCAGAAAUGUACCAGAAGCGAACGCAUACUGGAAUGAUGAGAAGGGCGAAGUCAUCUUAUGCGAUUCUGUUGACAUAUCAAUAGCAGUUGCCACUGAGAAGGGCUUGAUGACUCCAAUAUUAAAAAAUGCCGAUCACAAGACAAUAUCUGCCAUCUCCUCAGAGGUCAAGGACCUAGCUGCAAAGGCACGUGCAGGCAAAUUGAAGCCGCAGGAAUUCCAAGGGGGAACUUUUAGCAUUUCAAACUUAGGAAUGUAUCCUGUUGAUAAAUUCUGUGCUAUCAUAAACCCCCCACAGGCUUGCAUUCUUGCUGUAGGAAGAGGCAACAAAGUUGUGGAACCAGUAAUUGGAGCUGAUGGAAUUGAGAAGCCAUCGGUUGCCACUAAGUUGAACUUAACAUUGUCUGCCGAUCAUCGUGUUUUUGAUGGCAAAGUUGGAGGUUCAUUUCUUUCUGCUUUGCAGUCAAACUUCAAUGAUAUAAGACGACUUCUUUUAUAGUGACAUACACCAAACUUCCCUGGUGUUUGAUUAUUGUGUUUCUCAUGACCAAUCAUGUGGAUUAACAGCCACAACCUGGCUUAGAGUUGCAUAGCAUAAUCAUUUUUGUUCAUUUUAUAUCUUCAUGAGUAACAGUUUUCGGUUGUUGUGCCGUUAUCGGUUUUUGUAAAAUAAUAUCUUGGGUCUCAGUACCCAUGUCUUGAAAAAAUAUCCACCAAGGUACCAUCUAACCUUAGGCUUCCAACAAUUGAGAUUCCAGAAUGUUGGUGAUUUUAUUCAAUAGGCAAUUUGCUGCCCUUUGAUGUUUAAUAAUUUUGUAUGAACAGCUUUGUAUAGACCGUAUAAAUUAUCAACGUUAUUUUGAUGAAUAAAAUUUCCUUUUAAGGGCUGCAUGCCCUACACCUUAAGUCAUGUUA